UCAAGAGAGUCGUUUUCUUUCCUCUCCCCACUUUUUUAGCGUUUCUUAGAUCUCUCUCUCUCUCUCUCUCACCAUUGUCUUCUUCUUCUUCAACGGCGCUUUCGGAUUUUGUUUUUCCUCAGAUUUUGCAGCAGAAGUCAUCGAUUUGAUCCCGUCUUUCGUUUGUUGAUAGUGGAUCUCACUUAGCAAUGAAGUCAGGAGGAUCAUCUACAUUGAAUCCUUACGCAGCAGCUUACGUACCACUCUCGAAAAGAGAGGGUUCUUUGGCUGAUACAAAGCCUGCCACACAUCAUCACGUGCAGCAGCAGCAGCAACAUCAUUAUGUAGCUCAUGGUUAUGGAGUCCAAGGAAUGGGAAGUUAUCCUGGUUCUCAAAUGUCGCCUAAGAAGUCCUCUGACAUGGUAUACAAUCAUCAGUUGAAAGAUGAGGAUUUGGAGAUGGAUAUGGAUAUUGAGUACCUUUUAGUAACAUUCGCUGGUCUUUCACAUGAGUCUAUCAAUGAUGUUUACUUGGCUAACAGUUGUGAUCUUGAUGCAACUAUCGAAAUGCUGAACCAGCUCGAGAUUUACAGUACUGAAGCUCAGGAAUACCUCCCAGACACACUGGACAUUGGCGAUGUACCUGAGACCAUCACCGAGCCUUCAACCUCAACAGUUUCGAAACCAAAGAAUGAAGCGAAUGCAUCAUCAUCAUCAUCAUCCUCGGGUAUCCACAACGCACCUGUAUCCUCCUCCUGAUUUGAUGAGUCCUUAAAAAAUGUGAAGUUUUUUUUUCUUAAGUUUCUUGCAAAUGGAUGAUAUCAAGUUUAUGAUAUUCUUAGGAGAUCUCUUUCUAUAUUUUCCCCACUUUGUCUCUGGGAAAAGAGAGUACAAUGUAUAGUUUUUAAAAAAAUUCAGUUUGAGAAUUGGGAUUUUUCU